AUCACGAUGGCUAAUAAUUCCUUAGAUGAAAUUAAAAAUAGCGAAGUUAAUCUUGAGAGCCUUCCUAUCGGAGACGUUUUCACGCUUUUAAAUUGUACGGAGGAUGGGUUGACUGACGAGGAAGGGAAUAGGAGGCUCGAAAUCUUUGGCCACAAUAAGCUUGAGGAGAAAAAGGAAAAUAAAUUCCUCAAGUUUUUAGGGUUCAUGUGGAAUCCUCUUUCAUGGGUCAUGGAAUUUGCAGCAAUUAUGGCCGUUGUUUUAGCAAAUGGCGGUGGCCGGCCACCGGAUUGGCCGGAUUUCAUCGGUAUCGUUGUGCUACUUCUCAUAAACUCGACCAUCAGUUUUAUUGAGGAAAACAAUGCCGGCAAUGCUGCUGCCGCGUUGAUGGCGGGACUAGCCCCGAAGUCCAAGCUUUUACGCAACGGAAAAUGGAGCGAGCAAGAUGCAUCCAUCUUGGUUCCGGGAGACAUAGUGAACGUCAAGCUCGGUGAUAUAAUCCCGGCUGACGUUCGUCUCCUUGAAGGUGACACUUUAAAGAUUGAUCAGUCUGCACUCACCGGUGAAUCCAUUCCUGUGAACAAGAAUCCUGGCGAGGUAGUGUACUCGGGAUCAACGUGCAAGCAAGGCGAGAUCGAGGCUAUCGUCAUCGCCACCGGUGUCCGCACCUUCUUCGGGAAGGCGGCACACCUUGUUGAGAACACCAAUCAAGUUGGCCAUUUUCAAAAGGUAUUGACUGACAUCGGUAACUUCUGCAUAUGCUCAAUUGCCAUCGGAAUGGCCAUCGAGAUUGUGGUGAUGUAUUCGAUACAACAAAGAACGUAUAGAGAUGGUAUCGAUAAUCUAUUGAUUCUUCUCAUCGGAGGUAUCCCGAUUGCGAUGCCUACGGUUUUGUCAGUUACGAUGGCGAUAGGGGCUCACCACCUCUCAAAACAAGGUGCAAUCACCAAGAGGAUGACUGCCAUCGAGGAGAUGGCCGGCAUGGAUGUCCUUUGUAGCGACAAAACGGGUACCCUAACUCUUAACAAGCUAACCGUCGACAAAUCCUUAAUCGAGGUUUUCGUAAAGGAUUGCGAUAAGGACAUGGUGGUGUUGUACGCAGCUCGAGCUUCAAGGAUCGAAAACCAGGACGCCAUUGAUGCUUCCAUCGUCAACAUGCUGGGUGAUCCUAAAGAGGCGCGUGCUGGAAUCAAAGAGGUUCACUUCCUGCCAUUUAAUCCGGUGGACAAGCGCACCGCCAUCACCUACAUCGACGGUGACGGCAGUUGGCAUCGAUUAAGCAAGGGUGCACCAGAACAAAUCAUCGAACUUUGUGAUCUCAAGGGUGAAACACUAAAGAAGGCGAACGAUAUCAUCGAAGGAUUCGCGAACCGAGGUCUUCGUUCCUUAGGUGUUGCUCGUCAAAAGGUGCCGGAGAAGACGAAGGAGAGCCCAGGAACACCGUGGGAGUUUAUCGGAUUGUUGCCGCUUUUUGAUCCACCAAGACACGACAGCGCCGCGACGAUCCGUAAGGCUUUGGAACUCGGUGUUAAAGUGAAGAUGAUCACCGGUGAUCAGCUCGCUAUCGGCAAGGAAACCGGCAGAAGACUUGGCAUGGGCACCGAUAUGUAUCCUUCUUCUUCACUUCUUGGACAACAGAAUGAUGAUAGCGACGCUUCCAUCGAUCUUCUCAUCGAGAAGGCUGAUGGCUUCGCAGGAGUUUUCCCCGAGCACAAGUAUGAGAUCGUCAAAAGGUUGCAAGAGAGGAAUCACAUCUGCGGUAUGACCGGAGACGGUGUCAAUGAUGCACCGGCUCUCAAGCGGGCCGACAUCGGAAUCGCGGUGGCUGAUGCCACAGACGCAGCCAGGAGCGCUUCCGAUAUGAUCCUGACCGAGCCAGGACUCAACGUGAUCGUGAGUGCUGUACUGACAAGCCGAACCAUCUUCCAAAGGAUGAAAAACUACACGAUCUAUGCUGUCUCCAUCACCAUCCGGAUCGUGAUGGGGUUCAUGCUUAUCACUCUCAUAUGGAAGUUCGACUUCUCGCCGUUCAUGAUCCUCAUCAUCGCCAUCCUAAAUGACAGCACCAUCAUGAUGAUCUCCACCGAUAUAGUUGAGCCGUCACCUGUCCCCGACUCGUGGAAGCUCAACGAAAUCUUCGCCACCGGUAUUAUCCUUGGAACUUAUCUUGCACUUGUAACCGUCGCCUUCUUUUGGCUCACAGCCAAAACCGACCUCUUAUCUAAACUCUGUGGUGUUCACUCCAUCGUCGGAAAUGAUGAUGAGAUCACUGCGGCACUGUACCUCCAAGUGAGCAUCAUCAGCCAGGCGCUUAUCUUCGUGACCAGGUCUCGAAGUUGGUCAUUUCUUGACCGCCCUAGCACCUUGCUAAUCCUUGCAUUCGUAGUAGCUCAGAUAUUGGCUACAUUGCUCGCUGUAUAUUCAGAUUGGGAUUUUGCAGAGAUUAAGGGAGUCGGGUGGCGAUGGGCUGCAGUGAUCUGGGUCUUCAGUAUCAUUACCUACUUCCCUCUUGAUAUCCUUAAGUUCAUCAUCCAUUCAGCAUUGAAAGGAGACUCCAGAUAACUGUAAAAGGUAAAAUAGUUCCCCCAAUCUUAAAAUUAGUGUCCAUAUUUCUAUUUCAGUUUGUCCCAAAAUAAGUAUUCACUUUUAAAAGUAAUUGUCUACUUUUCAAUUCUAACCUUAACUAUGAGAUGGAGAAAUUCAUACUCUUUCUAUUGUUAAGGGUACAAUUGUCAUUUAGUUAAUUAAAGAAAAUGUAAUGAUUAACACAAUUAUAAAAUUGUGUGCCUUUUUAUUGUGGACAUUUAUUUUGGAAUGGAGGAGUACAAGUCAACUUUUGGAUAGUUACUAAGGGGUCGUUUACCGAACGCUUACCGGCAAGAAAACAACCCUUACUUACCCUAUCGGAUAAUAUUCUUGGCCAUCAAAAUGGAUUGUUAAUAAGCGUCUUUUACCUAGUAAGGUCUUAUCGGGUAAGAGUCUUCUCUCUCACUUAUGGAUAAGAUUCUCGGUCUUUGUCAUACUUACCUAAAUAGGUAAGUGAAAUCCAGAAAGCGCUUACCAUGUAACAGUUUGGUAAACAGCCCCUAAGAUGAACGAGC